AUGGCUGGUGAUUUCAUUUUGCUUGCGGCUGUCUCUCUUCUUUCCUCCUUCCAGCAAUGUCAUUUUGCUUGGCUGGUGGCUAAAUCAAGAAUGAAGCACAAGGUCAUGCCCCCAGCUGUCACUGGAGCUCCAGAAUUUGACAGAACAUUUCGUGCCCAACAAAACUGUGUGGAGUUUUACCCAAUAUUCCUGACUGUCCUCUGGACUGCAGGAUGGUUUUUUAAUCAAGAAUUAGCUGCCUUUCUGGGUGUGUUGUACGUGUUUGCCCGCUACAAGUACUUCCAUGGUUACGUACAGUCUGUGAAAGGAAGGUUAACAGGCUUUUAUUUGAAUUUGAUAAUUCUAAUUUGCUUGAUAACCCUGGGUGCAGCUGGGAUUGUUAACAGCUUUCUGGAUGAAUACCUGGACUUCAGCAUUAUGAAGAAACUACGUAAAUUGUUCUGAAGACUGGGGGAGGGUUUAAAUAAAUAAAUAACGUGGAUGUUUU